GUCCUGUGAGCAUCCACCUGAGGUGGACUGAAAUUUCUGAACUGCUCAGCCCACACCCAGCUUUUCCCGGCAGCACAGAAGCAGAUCACCAUCAUGAGGUUCCUAUUGUGACUAUAAAAGCACACACACACACCACAGCUCACAGAGCUGUCUCCCAGCCCUUCUCUGAGAGUCCAGUUGGUGUGCAAGUCCACAAGACAGCAGAGAGUCAAGGCAGGAUUCUGAGGAGCCUGUCCUGGUGAGAACCCAGAGAACUGCUGCCACCUUCACAGCAUUCAUGGGAGAGAAUGCUGGUGGUGAUCAGAUCAAGGAGAAUCUGAUUCAGCUGAGUUGUCACUUCACAUGGGGGCUGCUGUUUGAAGACAUUGACAUACCUGAUUUGGAAAUGAGGAUCUCAGAUGAGGUUGCGUUCCUAGACAUCAAGGACACAUUAGGAAUGUUCAACCUCCGGGCCUAUGUGAGACACCUGAAAGGCCAGCAUGAGGAAGCCCUGCACAGCUUGAAAGAAGCAGAAGCCUUGAUCCAGAGAGAGCAGUUGGGCAAGAGAAGCCUGGUGACCUGGGGCAACUGUGCCUGGGUGCAUUACCACAUGGGCAGCCUGGCAGAAGCCCAGACCUACCUGGUCAAGGUGGAGAACACAUGCAAGGAAUUGGGCAGUCCCUUCCGCUAUAGUAUAGAGUGUGCUGAGAUGGACUGUGAGCAAGGCUGGGCCUUGCUGAAGUGUGGAAGACAGAAUUAUAAACGAGCCAUGGCCUGCUUUGCAAAGGCUCUGGAAUUGGAGCCUGAAAACCCUGAAUACAACAUUGGCUAUGCUAUUGUAGCCUAUCGCCAAGACUGUGAUGACAAUAAUAUAUCUCUAGCACCCCUAAGGAAGGCUGUCAGGUUAAAUCCAGAAGAUCCAUUUAUUAAAGUUUAUCUUGCGCUGAAGCUUCAGGUCUUAGGAGAAGCAGCUGAAGCAGAAACACACAUUGAAGAAGCCCUCAGUAGCACUUCCUGCCAACACUAUGUCUUUCUUUCUGUAGCCAAGUAUUACUGAAGGAAAGGCUGCAUAGACAAGGCUCUCCCUCUGCUACACAGGGCCUUGCAGGCGUCACCUGCCUCUGGCUACCUGCAUUACCAACUAGGGCUCUGCUACAAGCAACAAAUGAUUCCAUUGCUGGCAUCUAGAAACAAGCAGCCCAGAAGUCAGAGUGAUGUGCAGGAAUUGGCACAACAGGCCAUUUGUGAAUUUCAAGAGACUGUGCAACUCAGGCCCACAUUUGAGAUGGCUUAUGUUUGCAUGGCAGAAGUUCAGGCAGAAAUCGGCCAACAUGAAGAAGCAGAGGCAAAUUUCCAGAAGGUGCUGAACAUGAAGAAUCUUGAGUGUCUCAUAGAGCAGGAUAUUCAUUUCCGCUAUGGCCGUUACCAACAAUUUCAUCAGAAAUCAGAAGACAGGGCGAUCACCCACUACUUAAAAGGUUUGAAAAUAGAAGAAAAGACCUUUGUCUGGAGGAAACUACUCACAGCUUUGGAGAAAGUGGCCACAAGACGUGUUCACCAGAAUGUUCAACUGAAGGAGAGCAUGAGCUUGCUCGGGUUAGUCCACAAACUGAAGGGGGACAAGGAGGAGGCCCUGCAGUUCUAUGAGAGGGCUCUGAGGCUCACUGGGGGAGUGAACCCUGAGUUCUGAAUGCAGCUCACCUGUGUGAAGUGAAUGUACUUGUAACUGAGGGUUCCCAGCCUCCUUCCUGAUUUCUUUCUCCAGAAUUGCAUGGCUUGCUAAAAUGCCAAGUGUCAUGGUGAUAGAGAUUCACAAUACACCCCCAUGUCCGGCGUACCUAGACACUUCCACCUAGCCAUUUCU